UUUCGGCCUUAAAGAGCCCUAAAACAAAUUAGCGUCAUUGUUUCUGGUUCAAGAAGUCUCAGGUGCGGCUGUCUUAUACUAUGGCGAGGGCUCAAAGUAACAGUUCACCUCGUGUUGUUCAACCAGUUUUUGUCUCGAUUCUUCGGUUCGUCGCACUCUUUUGAAGUCUCUUUCCUUUUGUCUGUAUCAAACUGGCCUGGUCUGUCGGUGUUCUGUCAGCAAAUAUUGGCCUUCCGCGAGCCCUACUCUUCUGGAAAGAUAUUCUUGGGAACUCACGGCUUCCACCACGUGUUUAACUUUGUGUAUGAAACAUUUUCAGCCCACCACACCUCAAGUCUUUUGCUACGAAGCAAAAAAAAGCACUAAACUUCUUCUCAAGACACCCACACAUUGCUUCAUUUGACGUAUCGCCAACAUGUCUGGCAAAAGUCAGUAUGCGCUAUUCCCCAGAUCAGAUAGCCAGGUCCCGCCGGUCAGGUCUUGGACCACGACCUCUGUUCAAGGAGGUAGCCCGAGGCCGUGGUGUCGUGAGGGGUCAUCGUCAGGAACGAUCGGAUGUUCUGCCAUUACGCGAUGUCGAGAACCUCCGACCAACUCUGGUCUCUCAUGAGAAGCAGAGAUCAUUAUCUUCAAAUCCUGGCAGACAAAGAUCAAUGGUUGCUCAGGAGAUGUACAGCCGACCAAGGGACGCCAGAUCAGCGGAAACACUACAGCCUGCUGUGCUACAAGCGAUUUCAUAUGAAUCACCACGCAAAACCUCGAUUGGAGACCCUUCUGAGAGAUUGGGAGACAGGAUUAUGGCAAGGAAGAACUCACGAGACGAAACGCCAGUAAUGAUGAGAAAAAGCUCACGAGAUGAAUCUUUUUCGACAGUACGAAAAGGAUCACGCGAUGAUACUUCAUCUAUGAGAAAGGGUUCUCGAGAUGAAGCCGCGGCGUCAUCAAGAAGUCAAGUGGCAGACGACACACCAGAACCUCUUAGACAUACACCACGCCUUCAACUCACUACAGUACCCGAGGUCCGCGAUGAAUCAAUUAUGGAGAGAGGACGACCUGUGUCAAGGCGAGACAGUAAAAGAGGACACAGUACCGACCCAUUCUCAGGAAACUUGAGCCCUCGAUCGCAUUCAGCUGCUCCAAACUACACCUUGCCGCAAACCUGCUAUGCACCCAGCGAACCUUCUGUUCAACCAUCACCUUCCAAAAGUUCCGGACCCAAACGCCCUUUACUACACUCAUCAGUGUCAACACCAUGUGUACCUCGACUACCUUCAAUACAACAAUCUCUCUCCGCACCCAACACAGCUCGUCCAACAUUCCACUCAACCCACUCAACACCCUCCACCUCGACCCGCCCUUCCCUCCAAUCCCUCCAAUCCUCACUCUGGAUCCCAGAGCAUCCGCGAAAGGACUCCCUCGACCCAAUCGCUUUCCGCACAGAUCCCGCCUUCCGCAUCCUCCGCGCCCUCCGCAAAAUCGACAAAUCCUGUCUCCGCCUCUUUGAUGACUGUGAAGCCCUGCAACAAGAACGUUCAACUCUCCACACGGAAAUGAUGUCUGUGAUAAGCAAAAAAGAUUUCAAUUCAGCACAUUUGGAGAUUAUCCGGCAACAACAACAGGAUCUGGUGGAUCUGGAUGCGAAGAUUGAUGUUUGCACGCAUAGUAUCAUGGAAAGGCAAAGGAGAAAGACUAAACUCGUUGAUGGACUUCCGGAAGUUCAAGAAAUGGACAAGGCGGAGGAGUUGAAGCAAAGGUUAGCGGCUAGGGAGGCAGAGGCCGGUGGUAUGGGUACUCCGGUUAGAGCUGCUUCGCCGUGGGGACCUAGAGAGAGUUCGUUGAAGACUUCUGUGCAGGUGAACGGAUUGCUAUCGCCUCCUCCGACUUCAAAGACACAACAGCGUGGUACUGUUACGUACUCUGCCAUUAUGGAUUUCCUGGAUGAAUUCGACUAAAGCCACUUUACCGGCUACAUAAUGUUAAAUAAUAUUUCUUCUGUUCCUCUGAUUUGUCUUUGUUGGUCUUGAAAAAGACUGUGAAGUUUAGCACUCAAAAAUGGAAGGAAUGAUGUCAGAAAGACACCGUAGAAUUGGAAAAGAUCGAUAGGCUAACAACUAACGACAAAGGGAAUAAUUGAGAAGAAGGAACAAC